AUGUCGUCUCUCCUGGCUGCUGCCAUUUAUGGUGGCGCUACUUCUUUCUUCAUCGUCGACACCCAGAGCGAGAUCUGGGAUGGUGGCACCGCGCGGCUUCGAUUCGUGUUGACACAGCAGAGCGAGAUCUGCUAUGGUGGCGCUGCUUCGGUUCGCACCGUGUCAACACACCAGAGCGAGAUCUGGUAUGGUGGCACCGCUUCGAUUUCCAUUGUGUUGACACGCCAGAGCGAGUUCUGGUAUGGUGGCGCCGCGCGGCUUCCUUCCUACUCUCCCGACCCCCCCACGUUUUCGUUUCAUAGCUGCUCAUGGUGGCGCUGCUUCGGCUUCCCUGGUUUCGACAAACCAGAGCGAGAUCUGGUAUGGUGGCGCAGCUUCGGUUUCUUCUCGGUAUGCAAUCUGCCAUUUGACACAACUGUCACUAACCUGCAUAGGUCGUCUGCCUGGGGUUUUUUCGAUAUUUUUUCCCCCUCACACGAGAGCGAGGUCUGGUAUGGUGGCGCAGCUUCGGCUUACCCCAAAAGCCCUCAAGGGCAAGUGUCAAGUAUGGGUAUGGAUAUGGGUAUGGUAAGUGCAAGGUCAGUAUCACCCGCCCCUCCCCUGUAUCUUUAA